CUGUGCGGGCGGCCGGCGCACAAGUUUGCCGAGCGCUCCCGGGCCGGCGGCUCCCGGACUCGCCCCGCGCCCCGCGCCCUGCGCCCCGCGCCGCCGCCGCCCUGCUCGCUCACGGGUCCUUCGCCGACACGGACUCGCACACCGCCCUGACGGACGGCCAGGGAAGAGCCAGGACAGUGCCGAGGAGGAAGCGGCCCCCUGACAGCUCCGCGUCGGGUCCCCGGGCGCGCGUCGGGCUCCGGCUCGCCGCCAGCCUCGCCCACCUUUCCCGCGGCCGACCGGCGGGCGAUGCGGCGGCCGAGCCUGGCGGCCCAGAGAAGGAGGAGAGCGUCCCGGAGAGCCUAGAGCUUGCUUCUGCCCGCUUGGGAAAGGGGCGGGGAGGUGGCGCAUGGCGUUGUGAGCGCCCCUCGCUCGGAGAGGCCACCCCGAGCAGGCUCUCCAUGGCCGGGACGUACAGCUCCACUCUGAAGACGCUGGAGGACUUGACCUUGGACUCCGGGUAUGGGGCCGGGGACUCGUGCCGCUCGCUCAGCCUCUCGUCCUCCAAGUCCAACUCGCAGGCGCUCAACUCCUCUGCGCCGCAGCACCGCGGGGCGGCCUGGUGGUGCUACUCCGGCUCCAUGAACAGCCGCCACAACAGCUGGGACACGGUGAACACAGUGCUGCCCGAGGACCCCGAAUUGGCCGACCUCUUCUCGCGCUGCCCGCGCCUGCCCGAACUGGAGGAGUUCCCCUGGACCGAGGGAGACGUAGCCCGGGUGCUCCGCAAAGGCGCCGGCGGCGGCCGGAGGCUGCCCGCGUUCUCGGCCGAGGCAGUGAGGCGCCUGGCGGGACUUCUCCGCCGGGCCCUCAUCCGUGUGGCUCGUGAGGCGCAGCGGCUGAGCGUGCUGCACGCCAAGUGUACCCGCUUCGAGGUGCAGAGCGCCGUGCGCCUGGUGCACAGCUGGGCGCUGGCCGAGAGCUGCGCGCUGGCCGCCGUCAAGGCGCUGUCUCUGUACAGCAUGAGCGCGGGCGACGGGCUGCGCCGGGGCAAGUCGGCGCGCUGCGGCCUCACCUUCUCGGUGGGCCGCUUCUUUCGCUGGAUGGUGGACACCCGCAUCUCCGUGCGUAUUCACGAGUACGCAGCCAUCUCGCUCACCGCGUGCAUGGAGAACCUGGUGGAGGAGAUCCGGGCCAGAGUAGCGGCCAGCCAGAGCCCCGACGGCGGAGGGGCAGGGGGCGGAGAGGUGUCCGCCGAGGUCCUGGAGAUGGUCAUCAACAAUGACGCGGAGCUUUGGGGCGUCCUGCAGCCCUAUGAGCAUCUCAUCUGUGGCAAGAACGCCAACGGUGUGCUGUCACUCCCUGCCUACUUCAGUCCCUACAAUGGUGGAUCGUUGGGCCACGACGAGCGAGCUGAUACCUACGCUCAGCUGGAGCUCCGCACCCUGGAACAGUCUCUCCUGGCCACCUGUGUGGGCAGCAUCUCAGAGCUGAGUGACCUCGUGUCCCGCGCCAUGCACCACAUGCAAGGGCGCCAUCCUCUGUGUCCUGGCACCAGCCCUGCCCGCCAGGCCCGCCAGCCGCCGCAACCCAUCACCUGGUCCCCCGACGCCCUCCACACACUCUACUACUUCCUACGGUGUCCACAGAUGGAGUCCAUGGAGAACCCCAACCUGGACCCCCCGAGAAUGACACUGAACAAUGAACGGCCCUUCAUGCUGCUGCCACCGCUGAUGGAGUGGAUGCGCGUGGCCAUCACCUAUGCCGAGCACCGCCGCAGCCUCACUGUGGACAGCGGCGACAUCCGGCAGGCCGCCCGGCUGCUGCUCCCUGGCCUGGACUGUGAGCCCCGGCAGCUCAAGCCUGAGUGCUGUUUUAGCUCCUUCCGGAGGCUGGAUGCGCGGGCGGCGACCGAGAAGUUCAACCAGGACCUGGGCUUCCGCAUGCUCAACUGCGGAAGGACGGAUCUGAUCAGCCAAGCCAUUGAAGCUCUGGGGCCGGACGGCGUGAACACCCUGGACGAACAGGGGAUGACCCCUCUGAUGUACGCGUGUGCCGCGGGGGAUGAAGCCAUGGUGCAGAUGCUGAUUGACGCUGGGGCAAACUUGGAUGUCCAGGUUCCAGGCACCUCUCCCAAGCACCCCUCCGUCCACCCCGACAGCCGGCACUGGACUUCGCUGACGUUUGCCGUGCUGCAUGGACACAUCUCCGUGGUCCAGCUGCUGCUGGAUGCUGGCGCCCAUGUGGAGGGCUCGGCUGUGAGCAGCGGGGAAGACAGUUACGCGGAGACGCCCCUGCAGCUUGCCUCGGCGGCUGGGAACUACGAGCUGGUCAGCCUGCUGCUGAGCCGCGGCGCCGACCCCCUGCUCAGCAUGCUGGAGGCCAACGGCAUGGCUUCUUCCCUCCAUGAGGAGAUGAACUGCUUCAGCCACUCGGCCGCCCAUGGCCACAGAAACGUCUUGCGGAAGCUCCUGACACAGCCCCAGCAGGCCAAGGCCGACGUGCUGUCCCUGGAGGAGAUCCUGGCCGAGGGUGUGGAGGAGAGCGACACCUCAAGCCAGGGCAGUGGCAGCGAGGGGCCCGUGCGGCUGAGCCGGACACGCACCAAGGCCCUGCAGGAAGCCAUGUACUACAGCGCCGAGCACGGCUACGUGGACAUCACCAUGGAGCUGCGGGCGCUGGGUGUCCCCUGGAAGCUGCACAUCUGGAUCGAGUCCCUGCGCACCUCCUUCUCACAGUCACGGUACUCGGUGGUGCAGAGCCUGCUGCGGGAUUUCAGUUCCAUCAAAGAGGAGGAGUACAAUGAGGAGCUGGUGACUGAGGGCUUGCGACUCAUGUUUGAUAUCCUCAAGACGAGCAAGAAUGACUCGGUCAUCCAGCAGCUGGCUGCCAUCUUCACCCACUGCUACGGCAGCAGCCCCAUCCCCAGCAUCCCUGAGCUCCGGAAGACCCUGCCUGCCAGGCUAGACCCCCACUUUCUGAACAACAAGGAGAUGUCGGAUGUGACAUUCCUCGUGGAAGGGAGACUGUUUUAUGCACACAAAGUGUUGCUGGUGACAGCUUCCAACAGAUUCAAGACACUGAUGACCAACAAGUCAGAUUCUGAAGGCGACAGCAGCAAAACCAUUGAGAUCAGUGACAUGAAGUAUCACAUCUUUCAGAUGAUGAUGCAGUACCUAUACUAUGGAGGAACGGAAUCCAUGGAGAUCCCCACCGCCGACAUCCUGGAGCUGCUGUCUGCCGCCAGCCUAUUCCAGCUGGAUGCCCUGCAGCGGCACUGUGAGAUCCUGUGCUCUCAGACCCUCAGCGUGGAGAGCGCCGUGAACACCUACAAAUAUGCCAAGAUACACAAUGCCCCGGAACUGGCCCUGUUCUGUGAGGGCUUCUUCCUGAAGCACAUGAAGGCCCUGCUGGAGCAGGACUCCUUCCGGCAGCUCAUCUACGGCCGCAGCAGCAAGGUGCAGGGCCUGGACCCACUGCAAGACCUGCAGAGCACACUGGCCGAGCGCGUGCACUCGCUCUACGUAACCUCGCGUGUCUGAGCUGCACUCCUCAGCGGCGACCUUCCUUCCAGUAAGGCAGGUGUGCCUUGAGCCCACCUGUCACGAGACAGGCGCCACCCUCAAUUCUGGAGCAGACUGUUGUCUGGUGACAGCCCAGAGGGGAUCUGCAGCCAAGAGAUGGCCCUUCUCCCUCCCCACGCCCACACAGCUUGCACCCUGAAGGU